AUGGUUUUCCUGCCGUCCGCCUCAACUCCUCCGCUCCCUGAGAUUCCCGACUCCAUCACAGUGGAAGAAUUCAUCAACAACCCCAGGUAUGGCCGGUACCCCGUUGCCGAGUCUCGGCAUCCGUAUACUUGCGGCAUCACAGGCUUGAGCCGGAGCGUGGCCCAGGUUGCACAGAGGACAGACUUGCUCGCCAGGGCCAUCGCAAAGCAGCUAGGCUUUCAUCCCCAUCGAGGCACCGAGUGGGAUCGGGUCGUUUGUCUGUAUUCCGUGAAUACGAUCGAUUACGUGCCUUUUACUCACGCUAUCCAUCGAUUAUCCGGCAUCGUCACUCCAGCCAGCGCCGCCUACUCCCAUCAAGAGCUGGAGCACCAACUUCGCCUUUCUGGCUCUCAAGCACUCUUCACGUGCGUGCCUCUGCUGGAUAAAGCCCUCAAGGCUGCCGACGCUGUUGGCAUCCCCCGUGACCGCGUGUUUCUUCUUCCUUUGCCUCUUAGUCCCUCGGAUUCUAGGUUCAAGACUCUAGACCAGCUCGUCGAGGAAGGGCGGAGUCUGCCGCCUCUGCCGCCGCUGAAAUGGGUCAAAGGACAAGGAGCUCGGCAAACUGCCUAUCUAUGCUUCUCUAGCGGCACGUCGGGCCUACCCAAAGCUGUCAUGGUGUCUCAUUUCAACAUCAUCGCGAAUAUCCUCCAGCUCAGCACUUGCGACUCUGUUUCCCGGAAGCAACUCGGUAUAGAGACCCAGGUUAAUUUAGGUGUCCUGCCUUUUAGUCACAUCUACGGCCUCACAAUUGUCUGUCUCCUCAGCCACUUUCGCGGCGAUCAAGUCAUUGUCCUGCCCAAAUUCGACCCCGAUACGUUCUUGAACGCCGUUCAGCAGCACAAAGUCGAGCAGUUGAGCGUCGUGCCUCCUAUGUUGAUAUACAUCACCACCAACAAACAUAAAGUGUCUAGAUACGACCUGAGCAGUGUGCGGUGGGUGUUGUGCGGCGCGGCUCCUUUAGGGAGGGAAGUCGUUCAAGAUGUGUUGAGGUUGUACCCCAACUGGCGUGUCGGUCAAGGCUACGGCAUGACGGAAUGUUCACCCGGAGUGGCCACCUCUCUUGAAACAGACAUUCUUCCCGAAUCUUCAGGGCCCCUUCUCCCCGGGACCAAAGCCAAAAUCAUCGACUCAGCAGGAAAUGAAGUGACAGCCAUCGACACCCCGGGCGAACUGCUCGUGCAGUCCCCCGCGGUCGCCAUCGGCUUUCUCCACAACGAAAAAGCAACCGCCGAGACGUUUGUCUGGCACAGCGACGGCCGCUGGCUACGAACCGGAGACGAAGUGGUUGUGCGCAAAUCCCCUGGCGGACCGGAGCACCUGGUCAUUACUGAUAGAAUCAAGGAACCCAUCAAGGUCAAGGGCCACCAAGUCGCCCCCGCCGAACUCGAGGCGCAUCUCCUCUCGCACCCCUACGUGUCCGAUUGCGCCGUCAUACCCGUCCUGGACCACCGCGCCGGUGAGGUCCCCAAAGCCUACGUCGCCAGGUCCCCUGAAUCAAAGCAUCUCUCCGACGAGGAGGUGAUUGUCGCCAUCAGCAAUCAUGUGCAGGACCACAAAGCAAAGCAUAAGUGGCUACGUGGCGGGGUAGAGUUCAUCGACGUCGUUCCAAAGAGCCCGAGCGGCAAGAUCCUCAGGAGAUUGCUGAAGGAGAGGGAGAAGGAGAGACGGAGGAGGAACGAGGCUGGUUCGAGGCUGUGA